AUGCAAUUUCCAUAUACUCUCUGUUUUUCCUACUCUGUUUUUCCUACACCGCCACCGGAGAAACCUCAUAUGAUUUCCAAACACAUUUACAACAAUACCAUCCGACUUACCGGAGAUCUCACCGUUCCUAACUCCGGCGCCGGGAGGGUUUUAUACAAUAAGCCCAUCCCAUUCAGCCGACCCGGUAAUCCAAACCCGACCAGUUUCGCCACUCACUUUUCGUUUUCUAUUCUUGAUUUAAACCCGAAUUCAGUCGGUGGUGCUUUUGCUUUUGUCAUAUCGCCGGACGAUAGAUCAAUAGGAGCCGCCGGUGGCUUUCUUGGGAUUCCGGCAGGCUCUGUCGCCGUCGAGUUUGACACUAUUAAGGAUGUGGAUUUUACGGAUUUGAACGGAAACCAUGUUGCUCUUGAUAUCAACUCAAUGGUUUCUUUACAAGCUGCGAAUUUGGAUUCGGUUAAUAUUAAUUUAACAAGCGGGGAGUUAAUCCACUCGUGGGUCGAAUAUUCCGGGUCAAAUCAUCAAUUCAAAGUAUACAUUUCUAAUUCCAAAACACCAGUAUUAUCGGUCACCAUAGAUCUUUCUCAAUACGUAAACGAAUCGAUGUAUGUCGGUUUGUCCGGGUCAACGCAAGGGAGUACAGAGAUCCACUCGAUUGCAUCUUGGAUAUUUGCUUGA